AUGAUCAGCAGCUCUAGUAAUUUUAAAGAUGACACUUUUGGGAGAGACAACAUGCCCUCUCUUAACUUUCCGAGUUCUAUACCGUUUAACAACCACAUUUUGGACAGUAGCUUUCCUGACAGAGCUAAUAUGCCGAUGUCACAAAAUAUUCGAAAGAUCGAUAUAACUCUUUAGUAUGAGAAUGAGAAGGAAUUGAUCAAAAAUGUUGAUCUGGAAAACGAUAAAUGGAAUAAUGGAUUUAAGGUGGCACCUAUCAUUAGAAAAAUAGCGGAGCUAGGUUUUCCAGUUAAGGACUAUUUGAUCUCGUAUUUUUCAAUAGCAGAGAAGAUGUUUGUUCACAUCGGAAAAGAUCCUUUCCCAGAGGAUUUCUCCAUUCCUCUGGAGGACAUCGAUUAAAACAAUAGAUUGGGUCUCAAGUUUAGAUACGUGAAUGCAAACAACUAGAGCCCAUAGAUACAAGAAUAAAGAAAAAUGGCAGUCCCUAUAAUCGGCGAUAUGAAACGACAUGAUAAUGAUGUAGUCAUGAGAGAUCUUGACAUACAACAACCUCAACAGUAGAAUCUCUAGUAGUAUGAUCAGGCUGGAACAAAGAUAGAGCAGAUUGAUGCCAAUACUUCUUCAUAGAAUCAAGCCCUCGCUAAUGCAACUAGAUAAUCAAGACGGGUCCUUGAAAGAAAAAUGCAGAACCAAGAAGAGGUUAAGACUCCCAGCAUAGGAGGAGCAGCAGCUUAGUUCUAGCCAUAGAGUAAUGCCAAUCCACAAAACCAGACUCAGCAGCAAAAGAGAACUAAGGAAAGAACCAUAUAAGACAUCAUUGAGAAGGUUAGUCUUUGGAGAAAACUCUACAACGGAGUACAAGACUAGGAGGGAAACUUGCUGAGGUAUUCACUAGAGGACGCAGCCCAAAAGGUAGGAGUCUCGAAGAAAUCUCUUGACGAUUACUUACUUUAGUUGAGAUUCGGCAAGAAGUUUGGUUUUGACUUCCAGAAGCACAAAGACGAUAAAGUUGGAGUACUCCGAACCUUCGUCAAAAAGGAAAAAGUCAAGGUAAAUGGUGGCUCAAAAAGCAAGAUGAGCUCUAAAGAACGAGAAGACUCAGAGAACUGA